AUGGCCCAGGAGUGCAUUUCUCUCGCCGGUUCCACUAUGUGUCCGGCUUUUAAUACGUCCUCGGUUUCUACCACCAAGGCUUUGACCGAUCACUUUUCUUUCCUCUCCUACGUAUCAGAUACCCAGUCUUUUGACGACCGGUUACGGACCUACAUUGGCACCGAGUAUGCGCAGCAAAAAUACCAAGAUAAUCUGGGAUGCUCGUCUGUAAACUUGACAAACACUACAGACCUCUACGCGCGGUACACAACGACGGUCAUCUGCAACGCCAUCGUCCAGCUCUCGAUAUCACCGUGUGGUUUAUCUACAAACGAUUCGGUACCGCUGUGUGCAGACAACUGUGCGCAAUUCGCUACUAGUGAACAGGAGAUAAUAGCAAGUCCUGAGAUUUGCGGAUCCUCUGGCAACAACGCGGUAGCCCAGAUUCGAUCCGACUUCACCAUCUGUUCUCUCCCCAAAGGAUCGUUAACCCAGGACUGUAUAAACGCCGCUGAGAACGAGCCCCUGGACUGCGGCUAUCAGUCAAACUUGCAGGGCUUGUGCUCGUACUGUUCUGCCAGUUCGCCAAACUCGACAGAUUCGUGCUGUGUAAACUCGAACGUCAAUUCGCGCUGUGUAGGCGUCCAUCUACCAACAACGACAUCGAUGCCUCCUCUGUUUACUGGGACGACCUCGACUGCGACCUCCAGCCCAACUGGCACUACCGCGGCAGCGGCUGCUGGCGGUAGUUCCCAUGGCCUCUCAGGAGGUGCUAUUGCGGGCAUUGUCAUUGGAUCGAUACUCGGUGCUGCAUUGAUCCUCGCUGCUGUUAUUUUCUUUUGUCUCCGCCUCCGCAAGAGACAAGACAGCCAGGCUGGCAGUGUCUUCAACCAGCCUUCGCCCUCACGAGCAGCUGCAGGACCUCCAAUGACCUACAACACCGACGGUCCCCACGCGCCACCGCCUUCCAUUGUCCCUGGUGCACGCGUUGCCCGCAUGUCGGCGCUCGAAGGAACCUCCAGUUCAUCCGGUAAUCAGGCCGGUGGCGCUGCUGUUGCAGGCAUUGGCGCCUUCCGCCAGGAACGCCAGCCCUCGCCUGACAGCUACAACCGCUCCCCCGACUCGAACCGCAGCCUCGCCGUCGGCAACAUCUCCAAGCGCGACGGGUCCCUCUCCAGUCACUCCGCCCUCAGCGGCAGCAACGCCCACUCCUCACCAAACUCUGGCGGCGACCAGUUCUCCAGCCCGGAAGGCCCCACCUCUGGUCAAUCCGAACAGCUCCAGUUCUUUAAAGACUACUACUCUCAAGACGAGAUCCGGCCUAACGACACCGUUGCGACUCUCUGGGCUUACGCACCUCGCGCCAACGACGAGUUCGAGCUUGAGCGUGGCGACAUGCUCAAGGUCGUUGGCAUCUGGGACGAUGGGUGGGCGACGGGCGUCAAGCUCACCGAGAACGCAGAGCAGUGGGAGGCGCGGCGCACCAUCCAGCGCGACUCGGGCGUCAGCAACGGGAGCAGGAGGAGCGGCAUCGCGGGCGAGAGCGAGAUCAAGGCGUUCCCACUCGUUUGUGUGUGUCUGCCACAGCACUGGCGGAAGACUAUCGAGGGGGAUACGAGCGACUCUGGGGGCGCGGGCGGCCCGCCGCCGCAGCCGAGUCCGUAA